AUGAAAGAGUUGGCACGGAAACGGGACCGUAGUGCUACGCCACCGGAUGAAGCUUUCUACGAUGCAGAUGGCGAGCUCCGUGAUAAGGGUGUCGGCUUUUACAAGUUUAGUAAGGACAAGGAGUUGAGAAACGCUCAGCUUCGGUCAUUACAAGAGCAGCAUCGCUCCACGAAGGCACAGCAAAUCAUAGAUAAACAGCCGGAGAGUACCCGCCAGCAGCAGGUUGAGUUACGGAAGCAGGUGAUUGAAGAAAGGAAAGCUAAGAAGAUGGCGGAUUCAUUUUUAGAUACGCUUGCCAAUGACAUGUAG